AUGUCUAAGAUAUUUAAGCAAAAACUUAAAGCACAUAAUGCAGGUCAAGCAUUAGCAAAUGCACAGAAAGCUGCUCAAUAUAAAAAUCAAAUUGAUAAUAUUAAUCAAAAGUUAAUACAAAUGGAUGAUAAAAAAUU